CCAUAGAAAAACGAGGUAACAAAAUCUAUGAUCCACAUCAGACUGACCGAGUGAAAACAGGUCAAAGCGAAGCCGCCAGUCGUACGGCCCAAACUCCAUAGCUGCUGAGCGCAUGUGAGACAAAGGGAAGAAGAGAGAUCGCCGCGUAUAUAAGCCACUUCCAACAACAUCCAAGUGAUUGUGUUUCGUCGUGUACCUUCAAGUCCCCACCCGUCCAAUCAGAGGGCCUGCGCCGAAUCACCCAAUCCCAACCCGGAUUCGACUCCGAGUCCCAAAACCGAUUUCGUAAACCAUUCGAAUCGGCCGCGUAACGGUCGACCGAGUCUGAGUUGGGCUCGAUUUCGGUGGAAUUUGCGAAUUGGGAGCUGAAAUUGUUUCAGUGAUUGGUGUUUGGUGGGCAAAGAGAAAUGGAUGUGGUGGUCGAGUGCAAGAGAAAAUUGGCAUCCUUUCGAGUCACAGACCUUAAGGAUGUUCUGACUCAGCUGGGUAGAUCUAAGCAAGGGCGGAAACAGGAUCUGAUUGAUAGAAUCCUAGCAGAAGUUUCAGAUCAACAAAGGUUCUUACCACCAUCCAAUGCACUCCAUCCAUCAAAGAAAAAAAUCAUUGAGAAGAAAGGAAUAGCAGAACUGAUUGAUGAAGCUUACAGAAAAUUGCCGAAUGCAGCAUCAGCUGAUUCUGCUUCAAAGGAACAGAGUGGUUCAGACACCUGCAGUGUAAAACCUAAAAAGGAAGUUAAAACUUUUAAUGAUCCAGAUGUGAAGAUUCGCUGCCCCUGUGGAAGUGCAUUGCCUACUGGGUCGACGAUACAGUGUGUGGACCCAAGUUGUCAAGUGCAGCAACAUAUUGGUUGUGUUAUUAUCCCAGAGAAAACAGGGGAUUGCAAUGUACCAGUUCGGCCUCUUUUCUACUGUGAAUUGUGUCGUCUCAAACGAGUAGAUCCUUUUUGGGUGACUCUGGUAGAUCUACUAUCUCCGGUGAAACUAGUUACUUCAAAUAUUCCAAUAGAUGGUACAAAUCCUACUCAGAGAGUAGAGAAGACAUUUCUACUUUCUAGAGCCAAUAGAGAUAUACUAAAGGAUAAUGAGUAUGAUGUUCAGGCAUGGUGUAUACUUCUUAAUGAUAGUGUUUCAUUUAGAAUGCAAUGGCCACAGUAUGCAGAUUUACAGGUCAAUGGUAUGAAUGUUAGGACAGUUAAUAGACCUGCACAUCAAUUGAUAGGUGCCAAUGGUCGUGAUGAUGGAGCAUUAAUCAAAUUAUGCAUUUGGGAGGGAAUCAAUAAGAUUUCACUAUCAGCAUGUGAUAAUCGUGCUUUCUGUAUCGGUGUCAGACUUGUACAGCGACGAACAGUUCAGCAGGUUCGCAACUUGAUUCCUAAAGAAGAAGAUGGUGAGCUUUUUGAAGAUGCACUAGCACGAGUUCGUCGUUGCAUUGGUGGUGGGCCUGCUGUUGCAGCUGAAGAUAGUGAUAGUGACCUGGAAGUAAUUUCAGACUCAAUAUCAGUAAAUCUCCGCUGCCCUAUGAGUGGUAGUCGAAUGAAGGUAGCUGGCAGAUUCAAACCUUGUGCCCACAUGGGUUGCUUUGAUCUUGAAACUUUUGUGGAGCUAAACCAACGCUCUAGGAAGUGGCAAUGUCCUGUAUGCCUGAAGAACUACUCUGUAGAGGAUGUCAUCAUUGACCGUUAUUUCAAUCGCAUUACAGCUAUGAUGCGAAAUUGUGGAGAAGACAUAACAGAGAUCAACGUAAAGCCAGAUGGUUCUUGGAGUGCAAAGACCAAAGGCGAGUUUGGUGAUCUUGCGCAGUGGCAUUUGCCUGAUGGAUCUCCAUGCGGUGAUAGUCAUUUAGAACCCUCGAGGAAGUUGAAGCUGGAAUCUGGUUUAAACGAAGAUCAUAGAGUUAUGUAUAAUGGGGUUACUGAAGUUCGUGGGCAUCAGCAUGGCCCAUUAGAGAAAGUAUAUGAAGGCUGCAGUCACAAUGUAAUAACAAUGAGCAGCAGUGACUGCAGCGGGCACAUGGAUUUCUCUGUAAAUGAAGACAUGAAAUCAAUUCUGUACCAUAUAAUUCUGAUCCAACGUUUUCAAAUAUGAAUGGUGAUUCUGCUGAAGCUAGGAAUACUGACAUCAUCAUUCUUAGUGACUCCGAAGAAGAAGAUGCCAACUUUGUUUCUUCUGGAACCCCGUACAAUCCAUUGCGAGUAAGUGGAACAGAUUCUGUGUUCCAAUUCUUUGGUAAUGUCUCUGGUUCUUUCAUUGAUAACACAUUGGUUCCAGAGGAUCUAAAUUCGAGCACCCAAGUUAUGAACUCUUCUAUGUUCCAUGCUGAUGCUGGAUUGGACUUGAUUGAAAACACCUUGCCCUUUGCUAGUGAGGACCCCUCACUGCAAAAUUUUCUUCCAACUCAGCCCUCGGCUUUGUUGGAACAGUCUGAUUCUGGACAUCCUCCUCCAGAAUCGAAUGGCAUUAGUGGGGACGACUGGAUCUCUCUUCGACUUGGCAGGGUCGAUGAAAGUGUUCCCAAUUCCUGCCCUGGACCUGCAUCCACAAAUGAAGUACAACUGAGUAACGAAUGUGAAUCAGAUGAAGCUACUCCUUUAAUUAAGGAUAGAACUGAUGAGGUUAGGUCUAACAAAGUAAAGUCGCGGAGAUUUUCAGACGGGCCUUUCUCCUUUCCUCGUCAGCCAAGGACUUUGAGACAACGAGUUUAUCUACCAGUAGAAUCCAACUCUGAAUAGAAAAAGUUGUUGCUUACAGAGGUCGAAGUCUUAAUUACCUAGAGAUGCAUCACAAAGUAGACGUCAGCUGAAUUGUAACUUAUAUACUUUCGACUUGGCAAUUUUGUUGAAGUUGCAAAAGAAUCAAUCUCUAUGCAUAUUUUUGACAAUUCUGACAUAGGGGAAGUUUCACCGUUGUAACAUAUGCAACGGUGCUCUUUUUGUGUCCGCGGGCUAGACCAACAAGGAUUAAAACCUUUAGUUGUUUUACCAUGCUGAGAUGCCUCUGUAAAUAGAAAUGGUUCUAUCUGUUAGGUUUUUAGCUAAGCAAUGCUUGUUCCUCCUGAGAGUAGCAGUGAGGAACCGUUGCAUUAGCGACGAUGGUAGUUGGACUUACAGUAAAAUUGCGAAAUUUCGGUUUAAAUGUUUGCCCAACCGUUUCCCUCUGCAAGCGGAGAGACGGGAAGAAGUGGUUGCCAAGAGUGAAGUAUGCUAGAACGUCCAUGGAUUAGUGCAAGUGUUUGAAAGAUAUGGGAUUCUGCAGCCUCCAGAAUGUGAUGCUUCUGCAAUCUGGUUCGAAUUUUAUUCGGUAACGAUUUGUGAGUUAGAAUUUUGUAUUAGGAUUAUGAGUAAAUCAAAGUUUGUAUACUAGGUGAUUAUCAAUAUUUGGAAAACAAAACAGCAGGGAUUUGGGAACUGUUGAUGCACAAAGUACGUCAUCCCACCGCCAAUUAACACCCGUCGCAGAUGGAGUUCUCUGUCGUCGAUGACACAUGAAACGGGUGCAAGUCCGGUCACCUUCUCAAUGAUGAUCGACUUUUGAAUACAUCUUCGGGUUUAUAUUCUCGAUCUCUUGGUCUACUGGUAAACCAGAUCGAAACACUUGAGACACUUCACUCCCUCGGUCUGAAAUCUCAUCUCUAAGAAUUAUGAAUGUAGAUGCUUGUGUGUUUAUGUACAAUUCUGAGAAGCAAAAAACAUCAUUAACUAAUAUUAGGUUUUCUUGGCUUGGGGAAUUGCUUAUUGUGUUAUUCAUAGGUUUUCUUGGAGGAGGCAGAUUGUCUGCCCUCCUGUUUGGGUGUCAUUCCUAUCUCCUAUUUGUAAGCUCACGGUUAAGCCACGUCAACAUUUUAUAUUCUUAUUGUUUUUUGUCUUA